AUGGACGCCUUACUCGCAAAACUGGGAGCCCAGGCCAUGAAUAUGGCCAUACGGUCAGGUAUAGCUCUGACCUCGACCUACGCUUUUUCCCAGUGUUCACGCCUGAUGAAGACGGUGGAUGACAGAGCUGUCCGUUCGGAGCUGAAGAAACUCCAGAAAACCCUCGACAGCAACAUUAAGGUCGUCUCUCCAGCCAUUGAUCUUGUUGAAUUCAAGUCUGGAAGAGGCAAUGCCUUCUUGGAGUCCGCUUUACCCCUGGCCAAGGGCCUUCAUCAGGACAUCAUCGCGCUCGGCCGUCGCGUAGAGCAGGCUGCUGAAGCAGGAGAAGCGCCUCAUGCCGCCGUCCGGCGCAGCAUCGAUGGAGAGCAGCAACUUGCCGAACUGAAGGCCAUCAUCAACGACAUGAAAGAUCUCCUCGCCCGUAUCGACAGAGAUAUACCGCUCUUGCACAUGGCUAUCACUGCGUCGGGUGAGAGUCUAAACUCGUCAAUGUCUCCCAGCAUAUCUCCGUCUAGACUGUUGCAAGCCGGCAUGUUUCUGACAUUUGGAGACACUCAAUAUGCUGCCGACCCAUCCCGGCCGGUACAGAUAGGUCCGGCUUUCACUUUGUCCCUUUACAUGCUGUUCAUCGGCCACGCUGCACCACAUCCCAAAGACCGACUGGAGAAAUUGGAAACCCAUCCGAGCACACCUCAAAAACCGCCGCGCAGCCCUCUUGGAGUGUCGACGGAGGCAUAUGGGUUCGAAGAGGGCGACAGGAAACCAGUGUGGCAGGAAGUCAUCCACAAAGCCAGAGUACGACUGUGCCGGACACCAAUGGACCACAUUUUUGAUGCCAACAAAGGUUUUCGAGCGGGGCGUACAAGGGGCCAGACCUUCGGUGAAUCUCACCCCUUUGGUCCGUCUCGUCCCAUGGGGCAGCACAAUGAGUACGCGUACCACUUGGAGAUUAUCGAGGACCUGGACGACGGCCGUGUCCAUGACGAAUUGGAUGCCCAUGCGGCCGCCUACGACGAUAUCAGCUGCGCAGGUAUACGGGAAUCCAUACCAAUUCACCAAAUUGCAAAAAUAUUCUAUGCCGACACGGGCAGGAUUCUAAACAUUGGUAGCGAUGGCCUGGACAACAACCCGGUUCUUUUGUUGAAACGGGACAUACUUGCAAAGCCACCGUCACAGGUCCAGGAAGAGAUGAUGGCAUAUAGCGACGAUCCUGCAUCUAGGACGGCGUCCGAGACUGGAAGCAGUUUUGGUGACCAAGACGAACAGGAUGACAUUGACCGGCAACUCCGCGAAGAGAGCGCUGCGCUUGACACCCUGGAGGAACUACCUAAGUCGCCAAUGACUCCACUCACGAGGCAAUUUCCGAGCCAUCUGGAUCCUGAAUGGAUUGCCUUGGAGGUUUUUGAAGAAGACGAGGCAGAGAGCAGCGAGACGGAAGACGAAGAAUUUGUGGAAGAGGGAGGAAAGUUUCUCGGAGUGUCGCCGACAACGUCUGCUGCUACACCGCCUGCUGCCAACUCCCGGAGAGCAAGAUCCUCGUUAGACUCGAGGCUCGUAGCCCAGAUCCAAAACAUGUCUAUGCAAUCGUCGUCUCCAGUUAGAGACGUGCGCACGCCCCCGCAUCCCUACACUCAAGACUUGGCGCGUCGUACAAUGGACAAUACGGAUUCUUUUGUGCAGCGCUCGCCUUUCGGCGCGGUGACCACAUCGUUGUCCCUGAUGGAGAUGCUCAUCAGGCUUACAAGUUUGCAAGAAUUCCAGCAAGCGUCACAUCUAACAAUUCACGACCACAUCCUGACAUUUUUCCUUGAAGAGACAUCGACCACCGGAUUAAGAGGAGAGGAACAGCUGCGGGCUAGAACGGAAGCGAAGCGGCGUGUUGGUUUUGAUCCAUACACUGAUACCCCAUCUAGAUGA